AUGUGGGGUUCCGCAGGAUGUGAUAAGAAAUGUUCAUCAAGACAAAUUGAUCAUCUGAACGGUCAGCCACGACACUACGCUGUCUCAAAGAAGCUAGAUGUGGUCCGUUCUGAGCACAGUGGUUGGAAUGGACGCUAUCGCGUCGCUUACUAUUACUCUCUUGGACGCUUGGCAAUUAGGUUGACCAACAACCCCGCGGGCUUAGCGGGUAUGCAGUACACACCGGGCGCUGCCGAGGGCGGAGGCUUUUGA